GUUCACUUCUUCUCUAUCUCUCUACCUGGAUGUAUUCGUCUGCCCACAGGCCGCCUUCAUCAUCCACUGACAGCCACUUGUAUUUAUUUGCUUAUGAACCUGUUACAAUAAAUGAUUAUUCGAACAGCGUCAUCCGUACCUUAAUGACGAGCACUACCUUUUUUUUCUGAUGAAUGACAUUUCGGACUAGAAAGGAUGCAUGGGUCAUUUUGACCAGUCAUUCCCUCGCAUUGGCAUUCCACUAUUUUGCGCCUUGCUCAAAGGACAUAAUAACAUUUAGAGAUACUUGCAGGGCUGAAUGUGAAUUAGCCCCUGCCGCAACUCAUCAUUAGCAGAAGACCAACCCUGCAACUUUGGCUUUUUCUAUAAAGCUCAGAUGAUGGAAAGAAUAAGAAAAGAGAUGAUUCUGAUGGAAAGGGGGCUGCACAGCCCCGCUGCUGGUAAAAGGCUUUCGAAUUUGUCAGACUCAGCUGGAAAUGCAGUGUUGGAGGCCCUAGAAAAUUCUCAACACAGUGGUCGCCUCAGCCCCAGACUUACUUCUGCAUCUCUGCAUAACAAUGUAGGGGAUGUUCCUGCCAAAAGCAAGUUCGAGAUAGACAGUUUGUUCAAUACUCAUCAUCAGAACAGCGACAAUAAUUCUUCUUCAGAAAUUUCUUCGUCUGAAAACAGGAAAAAAAUCACCCUGUACCCAGAAGUUCACGAGACAGACAUGGACAGUGAUGUCGAGGUGGGCUGCGCAGCUCACCGCUCCCCAAACAGCCUCAGUGCCGCCCAGCACAAAGAAAACAAAGUUUUUUCAGAUAGUAAUUCAGCAACCUCCAACACAAGCUCCUCUUCCAUGUCCAACGUGAAUAUAAACGGUAAUUCAAUAGGCAGUUCAUGUUCCAAUAAUGAUCAGGUGAGAAGGUACCGGACAGCUUUCACCAGAGAACAAAUCGGCAGGCUCGAGAAAGAGUUCUACAGAGAAAAUUACGUAUCGAGACCAAGAAGAUGUGAACUGGCGGCAUCUUUAAAUCUACCAGAGACGACGAUUAAGGUGUGGUUCCAAAAUAGGCGGAUGAAGGAUAAGAGGCAACGCUUGGCCAUGUCUUGGCCCCAUCCAGCAGAUCCAAGUUUUUACACCUAUAUGAUGACGCACGCCGCUGCCACCGGAAGUCUUCCAUACCCUUUCCAUUCCCACAUGCCUCUGCACUAUUACCCGCACGUGGGUGUUACAGCUGCUGCUGCUGCAGCGGCUGCAACAGGUGCCGCUGCAUCACCUUUUGCUACCUCCAUCCGCCCUCUUGACACUUUCCGUGCCCUCUCGCAUCCUUACUCCCGACCAGAACUGCUCUGUGGCUUUAGGCACCCAGGACUCUACCAGUCCACUGCGGGCUUGAAUAGCUCAGCAGCAGCAGCAGCAGCUGCCGCCGCCGCCGCCGCUGCAACAGCUAGUGUGCCACCGGGCCCCAGUUCAUGCUCUUGUCUCAGUUGUCACAGCAGUCAGGCAGCUGGCUCCCUGGGCUCCAGAAGCAGCGGUGCAGACUAUACCUGUGCAGCAGCAGGGCAAAGGUCUGAAAGUGGAUUUUUGCCUUAUUCUGCUGCUGUGCUCAGUAAAACUGCUGUAACUUCACCAGACCAGAGAGAAGAAGCGUCAUUAAACAGAUAACUCAUCUACCUGGUGGUUCAAAGGGGGUCUAAGUUGGGUCCAGACAUGCUUCAGUUGUAUAUUUAUUCAAGAAUGUGUUUAUUUAUUUAUUAAAUGUAAUUUGUUUUAAGAAUACAUAUAUUAUUAAUUGUUUUGUUUAUUAAGACUAUUGUACCUCGUCUUGCAUACCACAAAUGCAACGCGAAUACACAAUUACGUCACUUAGGUUGUGUGACGGGUUUAUAGAAAAUAUAACAAAUUAUUGAUAAGCCAAAACCUACACACCUGUUUGAUGCUUUAUACAAUUAUUUUGUUGAAAAUACUUUUGGAAUUAAAAUCAAUAACCCUGUAGAGCAAGUUAAAGGCAAUUGACGGCUUUCCUAAUAAUAAUAAUAAUAAUAAUAAUAAUAAUAAUAAUAAUAAUAAUAAAUACAUGUUAUUUAGUCCUCAUCUCAGAUCCUAAUGCACAUACCAGUUUUUCCAGUUAAUUAUUCAAUUAAUUACUGUAUUUUGCUCUAUUUUUAUCAUUUCGAUUAUUUCCUGUUCAAGAUGAAUGUAUUUCCUACAUAAUUUAACUGUUCGUGUAUUUAUUAUACAUUAUUGUGGUUAAUUGAUCAUUUUGAAAAAAAAAAUGCAUAUGGGGUAUUUGAGCAAACAUGGCUGUGCCACUUUUUGCCUCGGAGAGCUACCACUGGUAUUAAUGAGCUGCUCUACCAAACCACUAGCACUAAAGGGACUUCCCUGAACUUCCAACAAGGCACAUCAAAUCCGACAUAGCUACCGCCAUGUCAACUCUGAUGCUAAUAAUGUGAAAAUGAUGACGAAAAUUGCCAAUCAUGUACCUUGAUGGACCUCCUUUGAAUGUGGAAUUGGAAAAAAAAUCUUCCCUGCACUGAGACCGGCUGUCAAAUACUAACAACCCGCUAAGGGAAGUCAUUAGAAGAGACAGAUAAGAUACUCGGUACAUAAAACAUUGUUCUUGGUGCAUAGAAUGUACAGAAUUUAAUGUUCUUGUGUUCGUUACCUGAAGUGAUUUUGAAAAGCCACGUCCUCGUGGCCCUAUUCCAAUUUUAAUUUUGGUAACUUGGACGUCCUGGGUAGACUUUUUCUGUUAAGAUGAUGUUCCACUGAUGUGAACAGCCUCAUUAUAUCAAACCCAGAUAUUUCCAUAAUACUCUCAACAGAGCCAAUUCACUCUGCAGAUAAUGGGAUUAUCUGAAAGAGUUGAAACUUCAAGUAAAUUGUUCCUGUAUGCAUAUAUGUAUGAUAAACUGUAUCCUUUUACACUUCCUGUUCUUAAACAAAAAAAUAUAUAUGAAAAAUGAAAUGGAGCUUUCUUUUCUAAAACAAUUGUUGAAAUAAUUAAAUCUGUGACUUAUUGUCUUUCCUUAUCAUGUACAGCCUCCAAAAUAUGUACUUGAAACAUACUCAUUGGGCCAGCUACCGAAUUCUUUACAUGUUAUUAAAACAACACAUCUUUAUAUAUUUUUGUAAUUUCUGUAAUCUCUUGCAUGUUCGGUUAAAACAUGCAAUGGAAACUGAUUUAAAAAGAGUGAAGGCAAUGUUUAAUAAAUACUUACAGAACUAGGCUUUGUCACUUGGUCAGAACGCUAGUCUUUUUUUCUUUUUUUUUUUCAAGAUUGGGAGUGUUAAAAUAUACAGCCAAAUGUAAAUCAAUGAUCCAAUAUUACAAAAGGCAUUUAAUAUCAAAAUUGAAGAAAAAAAUUAACAAAGCACAUCUGAUUAUGUAACAAAUAAACGUUAGGGUUCGUGUAUUUACUGUUUAAAUAAUGAUAACACCUUCGUGUAUAUAAAGAAACGAUCUACACUUUUGCUACGCUGUUUUGAAAUGUUAGUCGUCGAUCAGUAAGGUUUUCGGUUUCAAAGAAUUCAAAUACUUGUGUUUUACCCUCAGUCCCCUUGGCCCGUGUGAUAUAUGAAAAUGUAUAUACAGUCUUUGUGCUUUAAAUAUUACUGGCUGUAUGAACUUACUAUAACAUAUUUUAACAUAAAAAA